CAGCAGCUCGUAUAAAAGCCCGGCGGCUCGGAGACGCUCAGUCGAUUCCUGAAGAGAGUGUGGAGCUGGACAUCAUCAUGAACCUGUGGAUCAGAGGUCAUCUCCUGUUUGCGUUGCUGUUUGUGAGCAGCUCGGCUCUGACGCCUGAAGAAUGCGAGCCGCUGAUCAAGCCUCUGUCCAUGGCCGACCCUUCGGUGCUGCACGGCAGGAUAAACCUCCUGUUCGGCUACACAGAUAACGACAUCUUUAAAGCCAUCCUGAACGCAACUCACAGCUCCUGGCUGAACAUCACAGCAGGAGAGGACGGUGGACUUACUGUAAGCGAAGAGAACAACAUGAAUGGAACCUGCAGCGGUGCAAAGACAAACCUGACCAUCGAAGGCGACACGGCCAGAGGAGUCUUGGCUGAGGUACAGACAGGGUUCCACAUCCUGCCUACCUGUGACGGCUGUGUGGUCUUCAGCGUUAACAGCAGCGCCAACGACAGCAAGAAAGUCCUGGAAGCCUUUGGGGUUGAAAAUCCGUCUGACUCUCAGGAGCUCAAGGCCCACUCGGUUUAUCUUCUUGCCAGAGAGACGACUGUGAAGGACUCUGAUAUAGAACGUUUCAAGAAGCAGGCGAGCUGCCUGGGCUUCCACGGAGAACCAGACUGGACCUACAGUCCUGACAAAGAGUUCUGUAAGGAAGACGUCAGGCCUCCAAACUAACAGAAGAAAAAACACACCAGACAGAUGAAGCCGAGGACGUCAGAGACAAGAAGAAGCAAUAAACGUGUGGUCUGUGUUUUUUGUAAUGAAAUAAACUGCUUUAACGUAGA